AUGGAGAGGAAGGACUCGGGGUGCUGUGAGGCCCCCAAGAAGCUGGGUCUGUCCUUCUCCAUCGAGGAGAUCUUAAAGAGGCCCGCCGAGAGGAGCGACGGGGGCAGGGGGACCGGGCAAGCUGCCGUUGCAGGCUCCAGGCUGGAGAGGCCCCCUCAGGACCAGCCCCAGGAGGAGAGGAAGAGCAAACGGAGGGUCCGAACCACCUUCACCACAGAGCAGCUGCAUGAGCUGGAGAAGCUCUUCCGCUUCACCCACUACCCAGACAUCCACGUCCGCAACCAGCUGGCAGCCAGGAUCAACCUCCCAGAAGCUCGGGUGCAGAUCUGGUUCCAGAAUCAGCGAGCCAAAUGGCGGAAGCAGGAGAAAAUGGGCAAUCUUGAGGUCCCGCAGCAGCCUAGUGAGGCGGACGUGGCCCCAGCCACACAGCUGGACGUGGCCGGCCCCCGGCUGCCGCCUCCUGCGCUGUCCAGGCUGGUGCCUCCCCCGGGGUGUUAUCCGCCGGAUCAAGGUCAGCUGGCCUCUGCCUGGUUUCCUGCUGGAAUCACUCUCCUCCCACACCACCCAUGGGAGACACCACCUCUCCCGGGCCCUGUCAUCCUGCAGACCUGCGUCCCCGCCCUCUGCUUCCUUCCACCUCCACACCCCAGAUGGGGCAGCAUCUGUGCCACCUCCACAUAG